AUGGCUGACUUGCCACCUAUUCCUAAUUUGAGAAAACAAUCCUUACUUGGAGCUGAGAACAUCAUGGCUCAAACUCAUAAUUUCAUUCCAAUUCCAUAAAAUGCGGAAAAUAACAGACAUUUAAAGUAAAUAGUUAUUUAUAUUAAAGACGAAACUUCAAUCUGAAAGUAGGUGAUAUAAUCUAUUUUAAAUCUUAUUUAAGUGAUGAUUUUAAAGGAGUGAUAUCUGGUGAUGGAAUUGCAAGCAAUAAAUUAGAAUGUAUUUAGAUAUUAGGUAAAAAUAAAUUAAAAGAUGUUUAAUCUAAAAAAAGCUUAUAGUACAAGGUUGGGAGUUUAUCAUUUUAAAAAAGUUUAUUUUAAAUCAUUACAGGAAAAAAAUACUUAUACUAAAAUUAAUACAAAGAAGAAAAAGAUAAACCAACAGAUCAAUAAAUAAAUAUAGAAGAAGAUGAAACAUAUUAGAUGGAAGCUGAUAAAUUGAAAUCAGAUUAAGAGAAAAAACUAGAAGAGUUUAAAAAAAAGUUUGAAGAAGAAUAAAAGGAGAAUGAAAGAUUAUAUAAUCAUUUGUAUGGAUCUAAUAUUGUGUAUGGUUAAGAGAUAUAGUUAUAACAUAUAUAUUCAGGAUGCACUCUUUCUUUAAAUAUUAAUGUUUUAGCAAAAGAAAAUUGUUGUAGAGAAUUAUCAUUAGAAGAAGAACCAAAUGAAAAUUCAAAUUUUAGAAUUUUAUCUAUGAAUAAAGUUAAGAAUCAAGGAGAACCAAUAUUAUAUGGAGAUUAAAUAAUUCUUUAAAAUUCGAGUCAAAUAAAAUGGAAUUUAGGAAUAUAGAAGCCCUCUGUUAAAUUUGAAAAGAAAGAUGGAUUAGAAGUAAAUGCAUCAGAAAUAGAAUUUCCAUUAAAAAUUUCAAGUUAUAUUGAUAAUAAAACAGAAGAAGAUAUAAAUAAAUAAUAAAUAAAGGGAAAGUAUUUAUAAAGUGGUGAUAUUGUUACUAUAAAAAAUAGAUAUUUGGGAGGAUAUCUUUGUAUUUAAAGAAAAUAAAGAAUAACAGAUGGCUUAGAUAAGAAACCAUUAAUUGUUAAAGAUUAUGAAACUAAUAUAAAUUAUGCUAUAGAUCAAUACUAUUUUGAUGUAGAUAAAAUAAGAAAUGAAAAAAUAGAUUAAAUGUAUUAAUUAUAUGUAGAUAAAUCUGAAACAGAUUAAAAUUUAAACUCUCUUUGGUAAAUUUAACAUAUUGAUAGUUUGAUAUAUUCAAGACCAACUUAUGAAAGUGUAUUUUUAAUUAGACAUGUAUGCACAGGAUUAUUUUUAUAUACAACAAAUCAUGGAGUUGGAUUAACAUAUGAUGGAUUAAAAUUAGAAUGCUAAUUUAAUUUAAAAUCGAAAAAAACAUCAAAUGAUCACAUUUCUUAUAGUGAGGCUUGUAAAAUAUAAUCUGCUAUUAAUUAUUCUAUUGAUAAUUAUGUUGCUUAGGAUGGAAUAGUGAUUGUUUGUAAAGAUGAAAAUAGUGUAGCUGUGUAAAGAAAAAGCUAAAAAUAAAACAUUGAAAGAGCUACUUUUCUUUUAAAGUAAGCUCCUUAAGAUCUAUCUAAAAUAUCUUUUAGAAUUAAUUCCCUUCAAGAAUAUUUAAUAAAAUUUUAUAUAUUUUUAUAGGAUUGGGGUAUCGUUAAAACUAUUGAACAAAAUUCAGAAGAAAUACGAAAAUACGAAUAUUAUGAAGCUUUCAAUAAUUAAAAAUUAUUAUUUGAUGAAAUCUUAUAACUUUUUUAAACUUUAGAUAAUUUAAAAAUGUAUUUAACAAAUGAAGGUAAACCUUAAUCUAAUGAAUAAUAACAAAGAAAAUAAUAAGCUUUGAUGGAUAAUGAUAUAAUUAAUCUACUUUUUGCUAUUUAAAGAUUAUGUAAUUGUAUGAUAUAUGGAAAUCUCUAAGAUAAUACUAAAACUAUUCUAGAUAAAAGUCCUUAAAAAAUAGCUAAAAUGAAAUUAGAUCCUUCAAUUAGUGAAUUUCAAAAAUAAAAUUGCAUUUAAGAAAUCUAUUAUGUAUUAAGUCUUUGUGUCUAAAGUAAUCCAGAAACUAGCAAUUAUGUUUUAAGUUUAGAAAUGAAUAAAGAGAGCGUAUUAGAUUUUUUGUUAAAAUAAUUAAAAAAUUAAAGAGAACAUGUUUCUAAUCUUAUUAAAGAAAGUGUACGUUACACUGAUAUGAGUGAUACAAAAAGCAGUAUUAAAAAAUGGGUUAAUGAACUCAAACCAAUUACUGAAGAUAAUAUUGAAGAUUAAGCACUAUAUAUUGAAAUUUUAAGUUUGAUGAUGAUUGAUCCUUAUGAAAAUCCAAAUUCUCUGUGUUAAGAUACUUGUAGAAGAUUAAUAUUUGGAACAAAGAAUAAACAAAAUUCUUCUCUUCCUUUUUAAAAAGCAUUAAUUGCAUUAGAUAUUCAUGAAGAUAAUUAAAGUUAUUAUCCAGUUGUCUAAUUUUCACCAAAAAGAGAAAAAGGAACACUCUUAUAAUUAUCACAUACUUUUGGAUAAAACAAUCCUACUUUUUGUUAAUUAUAUUUAAGGUUUGUUGAAAAGUAAAUAAAAUUAGGAAAAAGAUUUAAUACAAGACGACCUCCUCUGGUUGAUGUCUCUAUAGAUUUCUUCACUACAGAAACAUUAAAAGAAAAUUAAUUAGUAAGACAAGAAGAUUUAAAAGUAGUUUUACCAAUCUUUUUAAAAUAUGAAAAUUAUUUAAUGAAUGUUAUGGAUUUAUAUUCAUCAUUAUGUAAAGGUAGAAAUUAAAAAAGCAUUAAAUGUUUAAUGAAAAAUUGUUUUUUAAAUGAAAAAUUUUUAGAAAUUUGUUUAAAAAGAUAAUAAGGUAUUAAAACAGAACUUAGAUUUGAAAGAACUUUGAUAGAAUUGUUUUGUAAUUUAUAUCUAGACAUUGAUCCAUUAAUAAAAGUAUCCUAAUUUGAUAAUAAAUGUUAUUUAAGUGAGGAUUUAGAUCAAUUUAAUAUUUAGAAUAAAUCAGGAUUUUAUUUCUAUGAAAAUAAUGCUUCCAAAUAAUUAAAAAGAAAUGAAGAUUAUUAAAAAUUUAUAAAUUAAAAAGAUUCAAAAUCAGAGCAUUAAUAUUUGAAUUAGUAUGCAUUAAAAAUGAUAUCAAGAGAGUAAAUAUAUUAUUUAAAAGUAUAUUAUUUAGAAAUAUUUACUUAAAUAGAUUAUCCAGAUCAUUUAAAAGUGGAAGAAUUUAAUAAUCAUAUAUUUUAACCUUUAAAAUCAACUAUAAAAUAAAUUAACAUUGAUUAUAAAAGAUUAGCGGAUUAUUAAUUACAAUACUUUUUAGGAAUUUUGUAAAUUGUAAAAAAUAGUAUUGAUUUAGGAUAUAACUAAUUGGAUGAAAAUUAAAGUAUAUUUUCGGUAUUACCUAAUAUAUUUGUUGCAUUAAUUUUGCAAUAAAGAACAGAAAAUAAAUAUCAUAAAUUUUAAGAUAAUGAAAAUUUUGAUACUAAUUUAUAAAAAUUAAUUUAAUCAAUUGGAAAUAAUGAUUGGGUUACAACAUAUUUACCAACUGCUUAACAAUUAUAAGAGUAGAGAAAAUAAAAAUCUAAGCAUAAAAAAAAUAAAUUAGAAGAGAAACCUGAUUAAUAAAGCAAAUAAGACAUUUAAUUUAAAAGAAAUUGGAUACUAUAUUUUUUGUUAUGGACAUUUUAAUAUUGUAAUGAUAACUUAUUAAAAAUGAAAAUUUAUUUAGAGGGUUUAAAAAUUUUGAAGAUUUUGGGUUCCUUAAAAUUAAACUUAUAAAUAUUGUAGUUUCUAUUUAGCAAAUAAUAAUUGAAUGAGUCAAACUUAAGUUCUCCUAGCUCUAGAGAAUAAGAUGAAUUUGAUUUUAAUGAAAUUCCAAAUAGCGCUUAGGAAGAUUAACUUAAAAGAUAAAAAACUCCAGCCUUAAAAACCAUUUGUAAUGUUUUUAAAGAACCUGAUGGUAAUAGAUUUAGUGCUUUAUUGUUUACUUGUUUACUUUCCUCAGAAAAAAGAAAUAAAUUAAAUGAAGAGUUACUUUAAAUUUUAAUUGAUAAUUUUAAUGCACCCAAAAAUUCAACAAAUGAAAUUAGAGAAGUAGAAAUUAUUGAUAAUUAAAUGGAAUUAAAAUAUUUUUCUAUAAUAAAUGGAAAUUCAAGUUCAGUUUAGAUAAUUAGUCCAAAGGAAGCAAAUAUCUUAACGAAGAGAGCAAUUAAAUACAUUAAAAAUAAUAAAAGGAAAAAAAAUACAGAAAAAAGUACUACAUCUUUUGAUUAAUUAAAAAAUUAUUAAUCAAAAAUAAUAGAAUAAUUUGAGUAGUUCUUCAAACCAAACUCUUAAGAAGCCUUAUAUUUAAAAUCUUUUUAAAAUAUUGUCAGAAAUGCUGGAGUUCAUUUAGUGUUUUUACAAUUUUUAAUAAAUCCCAAAAAUAUUUGUAGUUCACCUGAAAUCGUUUAUUUUUAUAAACGAUUAAUUUUAUUUUUUGAAUAUUUUAUAAAAGAUAAUGAUACCAAUAUAGCAAUUUUAGCUAAAAAAUAGUAUUUGUAUCAACUGCUUGAUAUUAUACAAAUUGAACAAUAAGAUGCAGAAGAUUGGUAUUAUAUUCCAAUAAAAAUUACAAAACUUGUAAUUUUAUUAGUAUCAACAAUUCCAGCAAAUGACCAUGAUAAUUUGAUCAAUAAUAUUUUUGAGAGGAUUGAAAAAUUAGGAAAAGAUUUAAUGGACAGUUAGGAAUUUUUUUAAAAUCCAUUUAGUUUGAAAGAUGUAUUUUUUGAAAGGAAAAUUACUCCUAGAUAAAAAUAUUAAGAUGGAGUUGCUUAUUUUAGUUUAAUUUAAUAUUUGAGAAUUUUAAAGUCAUUAACUAAAACUUUUGAAAUUCCUGCUGAAUAAUCUCCUUUGAAUAAACAUUUAAUUUUAAGUUCCAUAUUAAAAAAUGAUUUUUUGAGAAUAGUUUUAGAACCAAUAAAUUAUUAUAAAAGAGUAUUAGUUCCUGAAUAGGAAUUAGAUCAAUAAAUUAAUAAAUUUAAUGAGAAUGAUAGUUUGCAUUAUCAUCGAAUAAAGUUGCAUGCUUAAUUAAUAAUACUAAUAACAGAAUGUUGUUAAUAUUACAGAUUAGGUAUCUAAGAAAUGUAAAGAAUAAUAUUAUAUGAAUAAUUGAAAUCAAUUCUAUUAUAUCCUGAUGCUGAAUAUAUUGUUAAGAGAGCCUACUUGUAAUGCUUAUUUGAAUUAUAUAUAAAUAAAGUAAAAGAAGGUGAUUUAAGUAAUGAUACAGUCGAGAGUGAUGAAGUGAGAGACAUUUUAUCAAGAAUAAUUAUUCCUGAAUUAGAUUAAAAACAAAUAUGCAAAUUUUUAGAAGGUUUGGCUAAAUUAAUAAAUUAAGAUAAAAGCAAAAAGGUUACUUAAAAGGAUUUAAGAGAAUAGAUUGCAAGAUAAAAAAGAAAUUAUUUUGAAAAAAGAUUAUCAAUAGAUUCAACUGCUGAUAAAGAAUUAGGUAUACUUAGAGAUAGUAGUGAGUUUUGGACAUAUUUAAGGAAAAAUGGUAUUAUCCAUUUUUUAGUAUAUACAUAUGAUGAGAUGAAGGAUAGAAUUGAUAUUGAAAACCCUGAGAAUUCUAAUUUAUCAGAUGAAUUUGCUAUUAUUAAACAAAAUGUUUAGAAAAUAAAAGAAAUAUUUAAUGUUUUAGAAAGAGAUUUUCGAGUAAAAAAGGAAGAUUUGGAUUUAGAUGAUUAUAGAGAACUGAUAAUUUCAAUUGAGGAAAUUAUACCUUAAAGAAAAAUUACAAAGUUUGGUUAGAAUUUUAGAAUUGGAUUUAUAUAAGAUAAAAAUGCUGAUAAAUUAUUAUUUGAUAAAUAUGAUACACUAAAAGAAGAUUAGACUGGAGAGAAAAAACUUCAAGAAUAAGAUAAUGUUUAGAGGAUUGAGAAUCCAUUUAGGCGAAACUUUAAAAUAUAUUUGAUAAGAUAUAAGGUUAACAUUUUAUAAUUUUGCUAAUUUAUUGAAAAAGAUCCAUAAAAAUUAGAUGAUAAAGAAAAAUCAAAAAAAAUUGUUAAAACUUGCAACAUUUAUAAAUAGUAUAUAUUAUUAAAAGAUAUUGAAAAUAUCUAUUAAAAUGAUGUUGCAAGAAUUAAAAAUUAGGAGAGUGUAAAUAAUAGAAAUAAAGAUUUUUUAGAUUGGGAUUUAUUUAAAUAAGCAAUGAGAGAAUUAUUCGAAAGAAAAUUUAAUGCUAAUAUUAUUACUUAAUAGAUUUAAACAUAUUAACGUUAAUAGGAAAGUUUAGAUAGUUUAAAAUAAGACUUUUCGAAUGCUACAACAAGAUUAAUAUCACAUUAUUAUAAAAAAUUAGGAGGUUAACUUGAAUAAAGUGGAAAUUUAAUUUCAGAAGAUGUUCAAAUUGAAUUAUUAAUUAAAGCAUUAGAGAAAUAGAAAACUAAUAUAUUUAAUUAAGAAAAUCUUUAAGACUUUUUGAAAAAAUGUUAAGAGAUAUUUUUAGAUAAAGAAAUUUAUCUUAUUAAAUUAUGUCGAAUAUUUUUAUCAUUAAAAAGACCUACAUAAGAUGAAAUAGAUUCUUUGACAGAAGCAAAGGAUGAAGAAUAAAAAAAAAUUGUCAGAGAAAAAAAAGAAAUAUACAUUAAAUUUUAAAAAGCAAUGGCUGAUGGUUAACUUGAUAUAUUAGCAUUCGAUAUGUUAAAUUAAACUGAUGAUAAUUAAGAAAAAAUAGAAGCUUUAUCUUUUCUAAUUCAUUUAUUGGAUUAUGGAAAUGAGUAUGUAUAAAAGAAGUUUUAUAAAUUAUUAAAAGAAGAGUAGGUGAAAUAAAAAUUUUUAGUAUUUUUAAGAGGGUUCUUUUUAACAGAUUUAGAUAGCUAAUUAAAAGAUUUAGAAAAAACUGAAGGUGAUAAUACAGAAUAUAAGCUUCUCUGUCUUAAGGUAUUGUAAUUACUUUAAGCUUUGUGUGAAAAUGUAAAUAUGGAAUUUCAAAAGUUCUUAGUAUUUCAAUAUGAUGAUGAUUCAUAUUAAGCUAAUAUUAAUAUUGUAAAUGAAGUUGCCAGUCUAUUAGCUGACCUUUUAGAAAAAGGAUAAAAAGUUUUUUAUAAAUUAUAAGAAGUAUAUAGACAAGCAUUAGAAAGUUUAGUUGAAUUUUCUACAGGAUAUGUAGAAAAUAAAAAAGAGUUAUGUAAAAAUGCUAGAUUGUUUACUUUAUUAAAUUCAAUUUUAUAAAUUAAAGACCUAUAAAUGUUUCGUUAACUUGAAUAAGAAAACGGAAUAAUAUUAUAAGAAAAAUAGGAAAUAAAUUAGAUGAUGGAUCAAAAUUAAUUUAUAAAUGGAGAUGGGAUUGAAUAAGAUGAAGGAAAAUAAAAAUAUGCUUCAUAUUAAACUUUGUAAUCGUUUAUUAAAUUGCUUCUAUUACUAACAUAAGGAAGAUCUGAUAUCAAAUCAUUAGAAUUUAUUUUAAAGACUGUUAAUAUUACUAUUUUAAUUAGAAUAGCAAAAUCUAUUUAUGAAGAAAGAAUUAAACCAAAAUAAAGAAAUAUUGUUUUAGAUAAUAUUUGUGAUGAAUCAAAUACAGGAAUUCAUCAAAAUUGUACUAAUAGUUUGUGUCUUUUUGGAUUAAGAACAGAUGAAGAUAAUAUGUUAAUAUAAACAGGGUUUAAUAUCUUUAUUAUUUGUCUUAAAUUAUCUGAACAUUUUCCAUUAGAUCCUUAAUUGAAAUUGUUUGAAUUUGAUUAAUAAUAAGAAGAAGAAGAAGAUUUAUUAGAUUCUGAUGAUUUUUAAGAAGAGGAUAUAUAAAAGAAGAAAACAUUAUCAAAUCAAAAAAUAUUACCUAUAAAUAAUCCAGAAAGCAAAUAUAAUUAUAAUUAAGGUGAAGGAGAUAGUUUGUUAUAUAAAGAUGAAUCUAAAACGUAGGAUUUAAGUUUGAAAAAGAUGUUAAUUGAUGUUCAAAAGGAUCCUUCGUUAAAAUUUGAAAGAACUUAGAGAUUCUUUAAAUUUUAUAGAUAAUUCACAGGAAGAAUUGAAAUUCAAAAUGAAGUCAAUCAAUUAGAAAAAGUUUUCUUUUAAAAACCGUUUUUUUGCAAUUUUAUUACUCCAAAUAUAAAAUAACAUUUGAUUUAUGAAAUCAAUAGAGAAACAGAUGAAGAUAGAAUGCUAGGAUUAAUUGAGUAUUCUGAAUUUUAUUCAGUUCAAAUGAGGCAUUCCCAAUAAAUUAAUAAUAGAAAGCUUAUGCAUUUUGGAGCUGUAUACUGGCGAUUAUUAAAGGAUUUAUCAUUUUUAUUAUGUCUAAUAAUUGUAGUUUUACUUAUCUUUAUGCAUGAUACAGUAAUAAAUAGUAAAAUAGGAUCUAAUACUGAAGCACCAGAAGAUUAAAAUGUUACCCAAGGAGAAAACAUUGUUAGCUAUUUGAAUAAUGUAUAAAUUCUUAUAUUAUAUUAGAUAAUUACAAUAGUAUAAUUGAUUUUAAAUCUAAUUAUUGUAUUCUUUUGUGCUAUUGAAAGAUAUCCAAUAUCUAUUACUUAUAAUAGAGGAUAGACAAAUGCAAAAAGAGUGUAAAUUUUAAAAAAGGAAGCAGGAUUUUCGAUUUCUUGGUUGACAAUGAAAUAUUAUAGUAUGAUAGGUUAUUUCGAAUCUGAGUUUUAAGAAGAUAAAGUUAAUUAAAGUAAUAUUAAGAAAUUAAUUUUGGUUAUAUUUUUUGACUUUGACAAUUUCUAUAAUGUAAGAUAUUAAUUUUUAAAUAUAUAGAUCUGUAUUUUUGGCCUAACAGUAUAUGCCUUUUUUAAUCCUUACAUUUAUGCUGUACUCUUAUUAGACAUAAUUAAAAGAUCAGAGGAUCUCUAAAAUAUUAUAAGAUCUAUUACAUCAAAUGGUAGAAAUUUAGCAAUUUUUUCCUUCUUAGGAUUAAUUGGUUUAUUAAUUUAUGCUAUUAUUGCAUUCUCAAAUUUUGAUUAUAUGUUUGAUGCUGAAAAUGGUGUUUUUGGUUAAACCUUCAUUCUUGCUGUUACUUCAACUAUCAAUUUUGGAUUGAGGAACGGUGGAGGUUUAGGAGAAUCAUUAAUUAGUUAUCCUGAUGCUUAUGAUGAUCCUACAUUAUAUUGGGGUAGAUACUUUUUUGAUUUCACAUUUUUCAUCAUUUUUAAUAUCCUUUUUAUCUAAAUCAUAUUUGGUAUUAUUUUGGAUACUUUUGGAGAAUUAAGAGAUGAAAGAUAAGCUUUGGUUAAAGAAAUUGAAGGCAAGUGCUUUAUAUGUAGCUAAGAAAAAAAUGAUAUUGAUACUAAGUAUUAUUUUAAUUUAUUAUUUUAAUAGAGGUACCAAGGGUUGGCAUUAUCAUAUUUACUUAGAACAUAGUGUAUAUCAUAUGCUAUAUUACAUUAUUUAUAUUAAAAAUAAAGAUCCCAAUGAUUGUAAUGCGUUGGAAAAAUAUGUUAAUAAAUGUAUCAAAGAAAAAGAAACUAAAUUUUUCCCUUUUGGUAGAGCACUUUAAAUAGAAGAAUUAGAUAAUGAUAAAGAAAAUAUAGAAGAAUAAUGAAUUUAAAUAUAUAUGC